UCACCCAAAAAGUUCAACACUGCAAAAAUGUCUACCAUAUUUCUGCUUCUUGGAAUACUGUCCAUUGGACUAGAAUUUACAGUUGUACAAUCUGUCGGAGUUUGCUAUGGACUGAAUGGUGGCAAUCUACCAUCGAAGCAAGAAGUUGUCGACUUAUACAAAGCAAACAACAUUGUUGGAAUGCGUUUAUACCUCCCAGAUCAAGAAGCUCUAGAAGCCCUCCGCGAUUCUGGCAUAGAUUUGAUCCUUGGUGUGGCGGGGGAAACACUUUCAUCUCUUGUAGAUCCCACUGCUGCCUCACAGUGGGUCAGUAAUUUUGUGACACCGUACUCACAAAAUGUCAGAAUCAAGUACAUUGCAGUCGGGAAUGAAGUUCAUCCUAGUGACAGCGUUGCCCAGUUCAUCCACCCCGUCAUGCAGAACAUUCAGAGCGCAAUUUCACAAGCCAACUUACAGGACCAAAUCAAGGUUACAACAGUAAUGGACUCAAGUUUGAUCACUAACUCUUACCCACCAAGUGCAGGUGUUUUCACUGAAGAAUCAAAGCCAUUCAUACAACCAAUUAUCAACUUCCUAGUGCAAAAUGGAUCACCACUUCUUGCCAAUGUGUACCCUUAUUUUGCUUAUGCCAAUGAUCAACAAAACAUUCCUCUUGCCUAUGCACUUUUCACUCAAAUUGGGACCAAUGACAUUGGGUAUGGAAAUAUCUUUGAUGCUAUGGUGGAUUCUAUCUAUUCUGCUUUGGAGAAAUUAGAAGCACCCAAUUUGGCGGUGGUUGUGGCAGAGAGUGGGUGGCCAUCAGAAGGCGGAGCUGGGGCUACAAUGGAGAAUGCAGCCACAUAUUAUGCUAAUUUGAUUAGUCAUGUCAAGAGCGGGGGAGGAACUCCAAAGAGGCCUGAUGUAGCUAUUGAGACUUACUUGUUUGCUAUGUUUGAUGAAAACAUGAAGCCUGGUGCAGAAACUGAACGUCAUUUUGGACUCUUCCAUCCUGACAAAUCUUCUAAAUACGCACUCAACUUCUGA